AUGACCGACCAGCUGAGCACUGAUGAUCGCCGCCGCGUCAAGUCCUGUAAGCGUUGCCAUGGUCGAAAGCAGCGCUGCCAUGGAUUCCCAAUUUGCACCAACUGCGCCCGAGUCAAGGCACUUUGCGAACGAACGAACGAAAUUCUCAAUCGAACUCCAUCGUCGCAAUCCCCAACCUGCAAAGCGCAUACAAGCUCUGGAGUCACAACUUGCCGAUGCUUUAGCAGAAUUGUCCAAGGUGCAAGGGGAGCGAAGGACCUCGGGGGAGCAAUCAGAGCACGAGCAAUCGGAUCCCGGGCAGUCGGAGCCGGACCAGACCAGGGCAACGGUGCCCUCGGGGGUACUGAACAUUCACGGGUGGCAUCUUGGGUGGACUUGGCCGGGGGUGCUAGUGACGCGCACCGAAGCAUGAGAGCAUCAGCUCAAGACUCUCCAGGUCCAAGGUCAAAUCCAGAUCCGAGCCGAUACGCGACUGAUGAGAGUUUUGCUGCCACGCCUGGGCUGCUUAAUACACCUGUCAACAGUUUGCCCGUUCUGGUUGGGAUUGAUUUCGCCGCCCACACGUCCGCCCUGCGCCGAGCACUUUCAUCAGUUGGGGAUGACGACCAGAUGCUGAGCUCCAUGGAUGAGUUCCAUGAGCAUCCUAAGCAACGCGGUAGAGCGCCUCCGACUGACGAGACCGGGCUGCGCGUUCUUCGUGCCUUCUUCGAUCGGUUUCACCCUCGCCCAAGCACAUGGGAUUUAAUCCGACUUGCCAUGCGCAAAUGCAUUGAUCUUCGGCUGCAUCGAAAGUCACAUUACCAUGGCUUAGCUGCUGACGAUGCCGAGAGACAAUGCAUUCUGUUUUGGAGUGUGUACUCCCUCGAGCGUGGCGUAUCCAUAGCACUGAGCAGGCCAUUCAGUGUCGCCGACAGGGAUAUUGACCCAACUCCACCAUCAGAGACGGGUGGCCUUGCCUACGAUAUUGGAUUUACGGCCCAGCCAAGCAGCGAUGACACAGGCUCAGACAGGAAUGUUCUCAGGAAGUCAUCGUCUAAGCUUGGGAUUAAAGUCAUGCAGAUGGUGCGCUUGCACUCCCGCAUCAAGACAGAGGUGUACUCUCUCGACGAACCCCAGGAGACUCUGUUCCUACAGGUCGAGCCAUUGUUCGCUUCGCUGGAACAUUGUAAAUUCUCGCUGCCAUACUUUCCGGAGGCGGAGGCGGACUUUCUCAAUCUGCAAUACUUCACAGCAAUUUCGCUCCUCCCAAGACCUUUCCUCGGCACUUUUCGACCUGGCGAGCCUCUUAUCAAGCGGUGUUUAGAGGCAUGUGGCCAGACCUUCCAUCUCCUCAAGAGACCUCACCACCAUUCCUCUUACGCUCACUCAUUUGUAUCUUCACAAGACGUGCUUGAGGCGCUCAUCAACCGCACGAUGGAAUUCGCCGGUACAGCGCAUCUCGAGCCCGAGAACGGCAGCCCAACCAUGAGGCCUAGCAUCCGGCAUGACUUCCUUUCGGCCGGUGUGACCUUCCCCAUGGCAAACAGAUACGAUACGUGGAAUUGGGCCGGUGAUCCUGAGGCGCUCUGGGUGAAAGAUCCUAAAGAGGGGCAGAUACGCGUAUCAACAUCACCAGCGUGCUAG